ACGGACCGUCGCAAGCCAGUCGCCGGGUUGGCCGUGCCAUGUUGAUUGUCCCCAUUGCUGAUCGCUCUGGACCACCAAUCGAUGCAGCGCAUGUUUUGCCAGGGGUGUAUAUUCCCAUCUGGCGCGCGUAGAUGGUGAUGGGGAGUGGCCGGAUGGCGACGGGGAAGCCAGCUAUCUACCCCUCUUGGCCUCUCUCAGGCUCAACAGUCGAACCGUGCCACACGGUACAAGGCUGAAUCAAGGUCCACGUCACCCAGAUCAGGUCUAAUUUGUGGAUAACAACAGGUGCAUGAACGCCUGCAUUAGUUGCGGACAGACCAAUAUAGACCGGAUAAUGUUAGAAGCUGCCUGUGCUGGGCGGGCAUGGGGGACACUGGAAUGCCCCGAGCCUUUAUACCCAGGCCCUCCCCAUGUGCGCCACCAAGCCCUAUCUCAGUGUUUGCUACGAUCGACAGCCCACCGUGGACGCUCGCAAUGUCCACCUAUGGCUAUGAGAACUGCGUGGCCGGGACAUUCUACGGCUUCACCAAAACCGAGUUUAACCCCGGAGAUACGUUCAGUCUCCAAUGGGGGGCGAUCGACGACGGGGCCACUCCACUCAACAUCACCUUAGGGCGGGCGGGAGGAUACAUCAUUGACGAGAUUAUUGUUGGCGCCCAGUUUACCAAAACCAGCGCUCUCUACCAACUCGUCGUCGACGACACCGCAAACUGCACCCUGGAAGAAUUCAGCUGGGCCAUUCCCGAUGACUUCAACACCACCGAUCCACAGUACCAGAUCGGACUGUUCAACGCAUCCGUUCUGCUGGGUGCCGAUGGGGUUCCUCUGUUUGGCUGGCAGGCCUGGAAUCCCGACUUUUAUGUCCGUCCAGUGAGUAGUACCACGACAACAGAUGCAAGUAGCACGACCUCCACGGUCGCAGCCACUGCCACGGGCGGCAACACAACCACCACCACUUCUGCCACCUCCUUGUCGACUUUUUCCGCAUCCCCGACCUCAUCAUCGGUCUCUGAUGAUUCUACAUCAAACUCGGAAACUAUCGGUAUUGGUGUGGGAGUCGGCGUUGGCGUCGCGGCUUUAGCUGCCGUACUCUUGGGGGCAUUCUAUCUCAGACGUCGUCGUAAAAAGGCCCAAACCCCAUCACAGGGCCUGGGAGGUGUUCGUCAACAAUAUAUACAGGAAUUGCCGGCUACAGAGAAGCGACCUCCCAUGCACGAGCUGGCGGGGUAGAAUAUGAGGUUUAAAGGAGGAUAGAGCUGUGGCGAAGGCUGGCAAAGAAACGAUGUACUUGAGAAGAAACCAGUCACAUGAUACAUGAUAAAUGAUACCCUGUCGUUGCGUUUUUCUUUGGGGUCUACAACC